GUCGAGAGAAGUUGUAGUAAACAUCUGUUGAUUGCGGUUUUGUGCGGCGGUUUUAUGCACGACAUGCAUUGUUGUUUUGUGUUACGUAUUAAUCUUUUAAAGUUACUUGUUUAAUAUUUUAUCUGAGCCAUUAUCGCGUGCAAAUUUCGUUUGAGGACAGUUUACUAUACAAGUUUUAAGUGAUCAUAACCUAUUAGUACGCGUUUUUACCGUUGUGCGAAACAAACAAAUAAUUUUUUGCUUCAAACUCGUUUUCUAUGCAAGAAUUUGUUGAUAAUUGUAUUAGUUUAUCGUUUAAACUAUAAUGCCCACCACGCCGAAGCCGGGUACACCAAAGUGUACGCCAAAAAACAAAAAGAGUAAAAGUCGUUCGAGAACAUCCAAAGCGCAUCAAACACCCGCUGCACUUCCGGCGGUACCAGAACCUUUAACCUAUGAAGAAGCUCAAAAGAUGGUCCAAUUUGAAGUGAACAAUCAAGCGCUCAGAGUGAAUAUCAACGACACUCUACAAAUAUGCAGUCGGGAUGAUUUCCCCGAUGAUGAUAGCGGCAUAGGAGUAAAAGAAGAGAAAGAAAUCGUUCCGUUACCGGAAGCGUCAUAUAAAGAACUCGAAGAUUAUUCUGUAUGCGAUGCGCCUGCGCGACCCAACGCUUACAUCCGUUUUAUAGAAAAAAGCGUGGAAGAACUCGACGGCGAAGUGGAAUACGACGUGGAUGAAGAAGACACAGCAUGGUUAUCACUGGUAAACACAAGACGCGAAGAAGCAGGCCUCCCGACUGUUUCUGUCGACAGUUUAGAGCUGUUAAUGGACCGCCUGGAGAAAGAAAGUUACUUCCAAGCGUCUGUGAGUGGUCAGACAGGAUCCGUGGUGGAUGACGAUGCGGUUUGUUGCAUUUGCAUGGACGGCGAGUGUCAAAACACGAACGUUAUUCUAUUCUGCGAUAUGUGCAACCUUGCAGUUCAUCAGGACUGUUACGGGGUGCCGUAUAUCCCAGAAGGACAAUGGUUAUGCCGUCGGUGUUUGCAGUCACCAUCACGUCCGGUUGAUUGCCGCCUGUGUCCGAAUCAAGGCGGUGCGUUCAAACAAACAGACAAAGGUGAAUGGGCGCAUGUUGUUUGCGCGCUGUGGAUACCCGAAGUACGCUUUGCAAACACCGUGUUUCUGGAACCAAUUGAUUCAAUAGAAACCAUACCGUCCGCUAGGUGGCGUCUGGUUUGUUAUAUAUGCAAGCAGAAAGCCGGCGCAUGUAUACAAUGUCACAAGAACAAUUGUUAUUCGGCUUUUCAUGUGACCUGCGCGCAAUCGGCAGGAUUAUACAUGAAAAUGGACACGGUGAAGGACAGCGGCGGUGAAUCACAGCCUGUUUUAGUACAAAAGAUCGCAUAUUGUGAUGCGCAUGCGCCGGCGGACUUUAGCGAUGAAAAGCGGGAGGAUAUCAAGCAGAAAAUGAAACAAGCGCGGAAGAUGCUCGCGAAGAAACGCGGAACUGUCCCUGUUAUUCUAAUCCCAACUAUACCUCCUGAUCGUAUACAGGAGAUCGGUUCGCUUGUGAGUAUACAGAAAAAGAAUCAGUUUAUUCAACGACUGAUUGCGUAUUGGACUUUGAAGCGACAGUUUAGGAAUGGUGUUCCUUUACUUAGACGAUUACAAAGCGCGCAGGGUGGUACACGUGAUUCUAAUACGAGUAAUGUCGAUACUAUAGAACUCUGCAGGCAGUUGAAAUACUGGCAAUGUUUACGUCAGGAUUUAGAACGCGCUAGGUUAUUGUGUGAGUUGGUGCGCAAGCGCGAAAAACUCAAACUAGAACUGAUCAAAUCCUCGGAGCGUUGUUGGAAUGUCCAAUUCAAACCCCUAACAGCGAGUUUAAGUAAUUUAUUGUUUCUUAUCGCGUCGAAGGAUGUCAAUGAGAUAUUCCUGGAACCCGUUGACCUUGAAGAAGUCCCUGAUUAUAUCACGGUUGUGACGCAUCCGAUGGAUUUGAGCACGAUGCGCACCAAACUCGAAUGUGGUGAAUAUCACUGCAUAGAGGAUAUUGAAAAAGAUUUUGAGUUGAUGAUUAAUAAUUGCUUUGAGUAUAAUGAUAAAGAUACGGUUUUCUAUCGCGCGGCGGCCAAGAUGCGUGAUCAAUGCGCUAUUAUCUUCAAACAAGCGAAGAAAGAAUUAGAAAGCAUUGGAUUGGCUGAUAAUAAACAGGAAAUCAAAGAUGAGCAUGAACAUGAAGUUUCCAGUGUUGAGGAUGUACCACAAAAGCUGGUAAACACGAAAAAUGGCGAGGAGUGUUCGAAAGUUGUUGUUAAUGUCGCACCAGGUGAAAAUAUCGCGAAUAUUAUCGCUGCUGAAUUCGAAGCGAUUAAAGGAAAGAAUACAGCGGAUGUGAAAGAUAAACUGGAGUUACUCCUGACGAAAUGCGCGUUGAUUAAACAUAAUCUCCAGAGAACUCGGAGAAUGAAACAGAUUCGGAUGGAGAUUGUACGAGUGAAGCGCGUUUUGAAUCUGCAGGAGUCCGCGAAGGAGAGUCAAUCCGACGGGGAGGAGCAGGAACCCAUCAAGACGCCUUCCCAGCCAAGUAGUGCAGGUACUUCUCCAACCGGUGUCAAUCGUAGAACAGCGGUGUUAUUAACAAGAAAAGCCCAGGCUGCGUUUAAAAAACCACCGGAUGAUAAAGAUGCAAGUCCUGAUGCGCCUGCAACUAAUAAUACUUCAUUAGGUAAUAAUGCGCAGACGCCGGUUGUGUCAAAAGCAAAAAAAGGUAAAGCUAAAGUCACACCGGUUGUAACUUCCACUGUAACUGGAUCAGCGGUAAAAGAACCGAAUGAUUCCGAAAAGAAACCCGAGAAGACUAAGAAUGAUAAACGCGAUGUGCCUGAUUCUUUUCGCGUGUAUCGCACAAGGCAUAAAAGCUCCGGUGAGGAUGAAAGUGAAUCAGACAGUACAUUAUCCACGUGUUAUUCGUUUAGUUUAUCGGAAAUUGAUACUGAUGAGGAUUCUAGCGGUAGUAACUCUGAGGUAAACGAUGAGGAUGAUGUAGAGGAUGUUAAAUCUGAAGUAGGUGAAUCUGUUGAUGGUGAAAAUGCAGCGGAAAGCGUUGAGAAAGUAGCGAAAGAAACAGAAAUUGAGUCUGAAUCAAAUGACAGUAAACUGCGCCCUCUACAGUUAGUUUGGGCGAAGUGUCGUGGUUACCCAUGGUAUCCAGCGCUUAUAAUAGAUCCUGAGAUGCCCAAAGGUUAUGUUUAUCGUGGGGUACCGCUACCCUCACCACCCGCAGAGGUUAUGUCACUACGCGAGAAUCACACCGAUACUUUUGUAUAUUUAGUCUUGUUCUUCGAUGCGAAACGCACGUGGCAGUGGUUACCACGUGAGAAAUUAGAAAUGUUAGACAUGGAUAAGGAGAAAGACGCCGGUAAAUUAAACGAGCCACGCAAACCGACUGAUCGCAAAGCGGUGAAGAAGGCGUACCAAGAUGCGCAGCAUUAUAUUGAACAAACGCGGGAUGAUCCCGACGAGGAAGACGAGGAGGAGAACGAGAAGGAGAUGUUAUAGAAGUUCAAUACUUACAGCGCCCUCUAGGUGGAGUUUUUGUAACUGCGGGAAGGAUAAUCGCAUGUCACGUCACUUGUUUGUACUACAGCUGUUGUUGGCGGUUGUUGCGUUAAAAAAACCCGCAUCAGG